AUGCUCUUCUACGCCCCGUCCGCUCCCCAUCUCCUCUACCCCGCCCCGUCCCCACCUCCAUUCUCCAAUCCGUUCCACGCGUACGGCCCGCCGGCCCCGCGCACCUGCCGCCAGGACCACGCUGCCGUCCUGAGCUCGCGCGAGCGCUACGUCCGCGCACAAGCAGAGAUGCGCGCCGCAGAGGCCCAGUACGCCGCCAGCCUCUCCCACGCCCGCGAAGAAGCCACGCUGCGCGAGCAGAGGCAGAGGCAGCGCGCCCUCCACGACGAGCUCCUCAUCGCGCGCGCCCUCCAGAUCCAGGCCGAGCGCGCAGCGCGCCAGCAGGCCGCCGACGCGGAAAGGCGGAGGGCCGAGCUCAUCGGGCGUCGGCUCCUCUGGGACGCGACCGUGAGUGGGGGCCUUGGCAGCGAAGACCUACCGUGGGUCGAACCGCCGCGCCGUGCGAGGUAUCCGUUCGCUGCUCCACGGGCGCGCGAGGCGGUGCGCCCUGACUUGGAGGAGCCGCCUUUGGUUGGGCUAGACGACAUCCUCCGCAUCCUCCGCGCCGCCGAUCAGAGGCAGCGAGCCCCCACCGCAGACCGUCGCCCACCCACCGAAACCACUCAACCGCCCACCGCCUCUGAUCCCCUCCCAACCCCCCAGCCCAAACAAGACGCGAAAGGCAAAGGCAAGGCGCGCGACACCUCCCCGGGCCCAGACCCAGACCCGUCGCUCAGAUCGCGCCUCGAGGAGCGCCUCGGGCACGGGUCCGCAGACGAAGAGAUGGAGGAGACGGUCAGGAGCCUCAUCGCCAGCCUCUUUGGCGAGGAUCCACGCUCCGCGCGCGCGGCCGGCGAGCCUUCGUCGUCGAAGGUAUGUGAAGCCCGGCCGAGCUCGCUAUACCCGAUCGGGCUCCUCACGUCGCCGUUGUGCUCGCAGGUGAAGCUUCCCCCUGACGCGCGCGCUACGAAGGGCGCGCCCGCGCUCGUCUCUAGCCCCGCCUCGCGUGCACCGACUCCGACCUCCGGCCUCGACGCCGUCACCGCCAUCGAGUCCUCCUUCCGCGCCCUCCAACACGCCUUCACCUUCCCCAGCACCCUCGACUUCGACGCCCCUCCUGCCCCUCCCACCACCUCUCCCGCCACUCCCGCCCCCACCAGCGCAUCACACGACUACCCGCUCGCCUACACGCCCACGAACGCGCCCGUGCGCGCCUACGAGCACGCGCUGAGCGCGCUCCUCGCGCAGCUCGACGCGGUCGAGAGCGACGGCGACGCCGCGGUGCGCGCGCGGCGGCGGGGCGUCGUGCGGGACAUCGAGCGCGCGCUGGACGAGGUUGAUAGGAUCGUUGGGGAGAGGAGGGCGGAGAGGGCGGAGAGGGCGGGGAGCGCGCAGGUGCCUGUGGAUGUCGGGGAGCGCGCUGUGGCCGCGGCCGCUGGCGAGCGCGCGCGCGUCGAUCUGGAGGUCCCCGAAGCCGUCUCUGCCGAUGCGGCGCUCGCGGUCCAGCACGCCCCCCCACCUAACCUGCCGCACGCCUCAGGCGAGCCCUUCGUCGCCGCCGCUCCCACGCCCGCGCGCGCGCCCACACCCGAAUCCCCACCGGCGACCCCCGAAUCUGCAGUCCCGCCCGACGUCCUUGUCCUUGUCCCUGCCCCCGUCGCCGUCGCCGUCGAUCCGCCUUCAGCAACCACGUCCGGAGCCGAGGCCGCGCCCCAGGACGAAGAGCUCCCAGCGCUCGCGCCCUCUCUCGAAACCGUCCAAGCAACGUCAACGGAUUCCGCUCCACUCACCCCCGACGCCGACGUCGGGCACGCCACCGCCGCCUCCUCAGUAUCCCGCCCCCCGUCGCCGCUCUCGCCCUCGCCCUCGCCCUCGCCCUCGCCGUCAGAAGCCGAGAUAGAAUCACAGCCAGAUACCACAGAGCCCCCCGCGCCAGCGCCCAGCGCCCGCGCGUCGCCUCCCCCCGCGCCCUCGGACGCGCCCGAAGAAUACCUGUCCUCGCUCUCGCACGCCCAGUUCACGUUCCCUCCCCGGCGAGAGCUGAGCGCGGAAGAGCCUGAGGACGCGGUCCUGGUCGAGAGCGACGUGGACAACACGAGCGAGCGGGAUGCGUGGUCGGAGGUCGAGGCGUAG